AUGGCAACAGACCGUACACGCGUUAGAACGGAUUCUCCCAUUUCUGACGAGGCGAUGGGUGGAUUAAAUGACGAAUUAGCGGAAAAAAGGUUUAUUCCUGCCUUUUCUAAGGUUGCUAAACCAUUGACAAAUUUAUUAAAAAAGGAUGUUUCAUUUCACUGGGAAAGUACCCAAGAAAAUGCAUUGUGCUCGUUAAGUGACUCAUUGUGCAGGGAACCGAUACUACAGUUUCCAAAUUGGAACUUGCCCUUUAACGUGGCAACGGAUGCUUUCGGAUAUGCAAUUGGUGCCGUCUUGAGUCAGGGUCCUGUCGGGAAGGAUCUGCCUCCCGGAAUUGCCAAUGCUAACGCGGAUGCCUUAUCCCGAAAUCCAGUAGAGACGAGGAGCGUACUUUCUGUAUAUGCGGACGAUUCGGACGACAGCCCUUUUAUGUUCAAUGUCAGACGCGCAUUAACAGAAAACGAARACUAUGACCUCGACGAAACAGCUGACGGGACAGACGAUUUUGACGUGACGUUACCCUCGACAGCUGACGCUAAGAUAACAGAAACAGACAAUUAA